AUGGAGAGCGAAGGAGGCCAACCUCCUGGAAUGGAGACUGCUUCACUACGCAAGGCUUCUCGAUGUUUGGCAGAGCUCCUCCAGUCAGAAGAGGGGCAGGUGCACUUCCUUGUCAAGUUCCUGACGCACAGAGGGAGAAGUGCAGCAUCCGAGAUGAGGAAUCGAUUGGCAAAGGACCAACCUGUUCAUGCCCGUGGCUACCAUUUCAAGAAGGAGGUGAUUGCAGAGGCUCUGCGCCAGUGGCAAGAGAAUGAGGGACAGAGGACAGCGAAGCUGACCGUGCCCAGGACUCCUGCCAGCUGGACAGGCGGCGAAGACGAUGGGAAACCGCGCUUGCUUCGCAGGCCUUCCGAUUCAGCGUCCGUACACUCUCUCUGCGUGUGUGUCGUCCCUGUACCAAAGGGCUAG